AUGCAAAGUGAAUUCGUCCCGUUCUUAAUCUAUUCGCCGAUGUCGUUAACUUUCACUGUUAAAGAUCAAUUUUCAAUCGCUCCGAAAGUCUAUCAAGGAUGGAGCUGCGUUUCUGACGCGUUCAAUCUAUCGACGACACAAACGCCUCGUCCUUGUUCCCGCUGGAUGAUUUGCUCUGAGCAAGGACAGGGAUUUAGUUCGAAAGAGGCUCGUGCCGGCGCACGUGGCUUAACCCUGUCGAGCGGGUAUCCGGCUGGUCUUGGUAUCCGUUUACAGGAAGCGGGCUAUUUACCCCGUCUGGUUUCCUCGUCACGUGCCGCAGGGAAGCGGAAGAGCGCGGUGGAACUGCUACAGGAGACGAAGGCGUUCUACGUGAAGAGCGAGACCGUGCUGGACCGGAAGCAGGAGCUGAAGAACAGCGGUCAUCUUCAGGUCUCGCAGCUGAGCGCGCCCAGCGCGCCACCCAGGCUGCUGAGAAAAUGCGGGAACACGCCGACCUGUUCGAUGCAACCGACGUCGCCGUCGCAGCUGCCACCUGCUCCGAUGACGCCACCUUGUUGCUGGGCAUCGUGCCACGAACAGGAUAGGCCGGACGGAAUUCUGAGUCCUCAACAAACACUGCCACCCGCACUGCCACCGAAGAGUCCGCGUUUGGUUCCUGUUCCGCAGCGGCGAACGAUUUCAGGGCCACCGAGCAGCACCGGUGGAGAUCAACUGCAGACGAAAUUACGACGGUUGUUAAACACCGAUAGCAAGGAGAACGUCUUCUUCCCUGACAGCCCGACGCAAACGAUCGUUCAGACGAACGGUAUUCCGCAGGAGGAGAAAUUCCGAUAUUCUCCUGGAAGUCUGUCGCCCAAUUUUCGCGAGGAUGAUCGCGUAAAGCACUGCACGCAGGAUGUUCGCUUCAAAUUUGGCCGUAGCAACUCGCAUUCGCAUACAUCCGGAAGAUCUGGAAGGAAAUCGACCAGCUCGCAAUCGGUGGAGAACACCGUGUGUCACAAAUCUUUGCCCGACCUCCAUACUAGCACGCGACGACGAGCGUCCCUGUCGCCACGUGCAUCGACCAAGUCAUCUAAGCCAUCCGGUCAUCAUCAAUCGUCGAGCAAUUGCCCGGAUUGUGAAACUAGUUCGGACUAUUCGGAGCACAGUUUCAAACGAGACGCAGUUUGUUAUCGCAGUUGUUACUAUUCCAGUUCUAGACACAUCAGACGUUCGUUAGGUUCAGGUGGUGGUGACGCGAGUAGCGUGUUGUCUGCCGGUGGUCGAACGCAAAAGUCGUCAGGUUCCAGUAAAUUAAGUCACGGAGCGACAGCGAGAGAUUCCGGAGGAUCGUCUGGACACUGUACACCUCGUAGCGAGCCUCCGCCAGUGAUACAAGAUUGCUGGAGUCAUAUACGUCGGGACAGCGGUGCAUCUACUCAACACUCGACAGAAAAAGAUCGUUCAAGAAGAGGUAGUUACGCUAACGGUACCCCACCAUCUGUUGUAAGACGCUACAGUCCUGAUUCUGAGAGCAGCAACAGUCAAACAGAUUAUAGUCCGACGUGCAACUCAAGGUUUUCCGAUGGCUGGAAAGAAGGUCGCGGUAGACCAAUUCUGAGAUCGAAAUCGGAUAUUAGCGAUCGCUAUUGGCGUCAGGAUAAUGGUCGAUCCAAUAAAGUACCUGCACGACCCCCACGGUCGAUCACCCAACUCGAGAACUUCUUUGACUGUUUAGGUCUCGAUUCGGAAAAUUAUCAACGUAUUACGAAACCAGACUCGAAAUCGUCGUCUCCUGUAUUUUUCGAUAGCGUUAGCUCCGUCGAUUCGGCGUUAGGACUUUACUCGUGGGCUGGGAACAACCAAACGAAUCAGAGUAGUCAGUGGCAGAACAAUGAUUGCAGCGUCGGUAUGGGUAACGACGACUCUAACCAAAGGGUUAACGAUCCACCGAGCAUCGUCGAGCGUAACGCUCGGAUAAUUAAAUGGCUCUGUCAGUGCCGAAAAGUGCAGUUUGGAUUUAGUUAAGCAACGCGUUUAGAAAGAGGACAAUCGACUCUCCAGUCUUAGUAACGUGCAUUCAAGUCAACGAAAGCAGAGAGUUUUUCAUCUUGCCAACGAUUCAUUUUUCUACCUGUUACAGAAAUCUUUGCCUUGAGUUGGCUAGGAAACGGCAUGAAUGCAAGCGAGUAUAUUUUUUUUUUUUCUUGCUUUUCUUUUCUUCGAUUACCAAUGCUACAGCGUGUAUCCUGUUAAUUUAUCUUCCUCUUUUUCCUUUUACUUCAUAAGCAUAUGUGCCAUCUACUUAUAUAACUUGUUAUGCAUUUGUGUUGCAGUUUUAAAUUGUCAAUGAAACUUCUUAGUUUCUAACAUUCUGUUUUUGCUGACGUGUUUUUGACAAAAUUUGUACAUAUAUAGAAUUUAGAAUUGUCGAUUAUUUUCAUAUGUAUAGUAUCAUUUUGCUUGUUUGAAUAGUUUUGUUUUUAGCGGAUCACUUUAUUGCUGUAUGUUAGUUCUAUUUUUAUGACAAGUUUAUGUUCUCAUACGAAUCAGCCGAGUGUUUUUAGCGUUUUUCUUGCAACUUUGUGGUUUAUCGGUCAAGGAUGUUAUAUAUAAAAAGUAUAGAGUUUAUUGCACCGUUUUUUGUCUCCAAUUUAACUAAGUAAAUUAGUCGUUGCCAAAUUUGAUUGUUAUUGCUUUUCUUGUGAAAAUGUCCAUGAAUAACUGACGUUUGUAUUAGUUUCUCAUACAGUAGAAUCAUUUUUCUUUCUCACAGUUUUACUUUUCAUGCCACACAUUUUAACAAUGAAUACAUUGAUUAAUAUCCGAGUAAUUUGAUGUUGAAUGCUGAAACUGAAGAUAUGGUUCGAUUUUUCUGGUUACGUAGGAAUUGAAUUGAUGACAUUGCAGUUGUAUCAAAAAGUCGAAUUUUUAUCUUACAAUGCAGAGAAUACUUGCUGUAUUUUUUCCAGUAGCAUUAUUAUUACCGUAGUAUCAAUUCAAUCACAUUAAUGUUUUUGCUGGUGGUUCUAGAUUGUUAUAUUAAUCUGUAUUGAGCUGCAUUGUAGAUGUAAUAUUGGUACAAAACAAAAAAUUCUAUGUGAUUUACAGAAUUUUUAAGAACUUUUCUCUGUGAAACUUCUCGCCAAUGGAAUUUAUAUAAGGAAUUUCAUACAAUUUUCAUGUUGAUGUUAUAUCCCAUAAGUCUUGUUGAAUGAAAUUACGUUUAAUCGUUACAAAAUUAUUUUCGUAAUUAUAUAAUAUACGUAUUUUAAAAACUUUUAUAACAUUGGAAAUUGUAAAUUCGAUUGAAAAAUUUAUCUUGUUUAUUAUAUGAUGUAAUUAAUCUAAAUUUUAAAAUAUUUUAAAAGUUAAAUAUCAAUUUUAUUAUAUAAUCGGUAUUUUAUUUAUUAUAAGUAUCUACUUUGUGCCUAAAGAAAAAGUUGAGAAAUCUUAUUUUAGUGAAAAAAAUGUAUUCUAAUCGUUUGAUAUAUCGUAUACGUUCAAUAUUUUAUUAAUGAAGUUUUCGAUUAAAGCCUGUCUGUUUUAUAAAAUUUGAUAUUAUCGUUUAAGUAUUAAAAAAAAGAAAAAAAAACGAUAAAAUCUUAUAUUUUAGAAAAUUUAA